AAUUGCCGCAUCCCCUUGCCAGCUGGGGGUUGUGUAGAUAACACUGCGGAUUACUGGGUUUCGUUUGCAGCCAGCCCGCGCAGCACCUGAUGGAGACGCGAGAGGAGGGGACCACGGAGUUUAGGAUUAGGAACCGAUGACCAUUUUUCCUGCCUAAGUUUUUUAAAAAGCCACUUCGAAGGGCGCAUCAACCAGUCAGCGAAUCCACUUGUUCCAGCGGGGGUGGAGCGUGGGGAGGAGCGACACGCACAGCUCCGGAAUCCUGGUCUUCCAAGUGUCGCCGCGCGUCCCCUGGGGCCUCCCGGUCUCCCUGGAGCCCCACCGCCUAAACGCACCCCUCUUCCCGCGCGGACCAGACAUGCCACCACAACCACCUCCCACUUCGGACUGUGGGGCUUUCUCGGGCGAGUCCAGCUAAGAGGGUUCCCGGGACUCGGCGCGAACUGCCCGCCUCCUCCCGCGUCUCCGCCCCCUGCCAGGGCCGCUGGGCGCCGGGGGAGGCGAGGGUGCCGCUGCAGGAAAAUGAGCGGUGCCCGGAGGGUGGCCGGGAGCUGCAGGGACGUGCCCGCGGCUGCCCCCAGGAGCGGCGGGUGGCGGCGGCGGCGGUGAGCGGGGUCCCGCGGCGGGCGCCGAAGCCUCCGAAGAUGGAGAAGUUUCUGCAAAUCGCGCCCCACUCUCUGGCCAUCGUCCUGGGCCCGGCCGAGGGUCCCGCGGGGGAGAGAUCCGGGGCCGCCCCGCUCGCGCCUCCGGCGCAGCCCCGGCAGCUCUCCCGGCACCACAUCGGCUACGAGAUCUUCGCCGACUUCAAAGCCGAGAACAUGCAGCACUUCUGGAACAAGAAGGUCACGGCUGCGGUGGCCGAGACCUUCUUCCUGGGCUGGAUCGACGAGCAGGUCCUGCUGAUCCAGGGCAAAGAGGAGCAUCUGGAGGUGCUGCGCGAGGGCUGGACGCGCCGGGCGCUGCGGCCGCCCUCGGGCUUCCACAUCCGCUGCCUCGGUGAUGUAUCACCCAUCAGUAUGUCUCCCAUCAGUCAGUCUCAGUUUAUUCCACUCGGGGAGAUCCUUUGCUUGGCCAUCUCAGCAAUGAACUCGGCGCGCAAACCUGUCACCCAAGAAGCACUGAUGGAGCACCUGACCACGUGCUUCCCAGGUGUUCCCACCCCAAGCCAAGAGAUUCUGCGGCACACGCUGAACACGCUGGUGCGGGAGAGGAAGAUCUACCCGACCCCGGACGGCUACUUCAUUGUGACCCCGCAGACCUACUUCAUCACGCCUUCCCUCAUAAGGACUAACAGUAAGUGGUACCAUUUGGACGAGAGGAUACCUGACAGGUCUCAGUGCACCUCCCCACAACCCGGGACCAUCACGCCCUCCGCCUCGGGCUGCGUCAGGGAAAGGACAUUACCCAGAAACCACUGCGACUCUUGCCACUGCUGCAGAGAAGACUUGCACAGCACGCACGCGUCGACUCUGCAGAGGAAGCCCGCCAAGGACUGCAAAGACCCCUACUGCCCUCCAUCCCUCUGCCAGGUGCCGCCCACGGAGAAGAGCAAAAGUACUGUAAACUUUUCCUACAAGACAGAGACUCUCUCCAAACCUAAGGACGGCGAAAAGCAGUCCAAGAAGUUUGGGCUCAAGUUAUUCCGGCUGAGCUUUAAGAAGGACAAGACCAAACAGCUGGCCAACUUCUCCGCCCAGUUCCCUCCCGAGGAGUGGCCGCUGCGCGACGAGGACACGCCGACCACCAUCCCGCGGGAGGUGGAGAUGGAAAUCAUUCGGCGCAUCAACCCGGACCUGACCGUGGAGAACGUCAUGAGGCACACCGCACUGAUGAAGAAGCUGGAGGAGGAGAAGGCCCACAGGAGCAAAGCCGGCUCCUCUGCCCACCACAGCGGGAGGAGCAAAAAGAGCAGGACUCACCGCAAGUCCCACGGGAAGUCCCGGUCGCACAGCAAGACGCGGGUCUCCAAAGGGGACCCGUCGGAGGGCUCCCACCUGGACGUUCCAGGCGACAGAGAGUAUGACUUCUGCGACCCCCUCACCAGGGCCCCCAGGGAGGGCUGCUUCAUCAUCGAACACAAAGGAGAGAACUUCGUCAUGCACAGCAGCGCCAGCGUGAUCGAGCCUCACUUCCCCAUGACGCCGGAAUGGGACGUGUCGGGGGAGCUGGCCAAGAGGAGGACUGAGAUGCCCUUUCCCGAACCUUCCAGGGGGAGCUCCCACUCGAAGGUGCACCGAAGCCACAGCCAUACCCAGGACCGGCGGUCCAGGAACGAGAGGUCCAGCAAAGCCAAGGAGCGGUCCAGGUCCAUGGACAACUCCAAAGGCCCUCUGGGCGCCUCCUCCCUGGGGACGCCGGACGACCUGGCCGAAGGCUGCAGCCAGGACGACCAGACGCCCAUCCAGUCCUACAUCGACGACAGUACUCUGAGGCCUGCGCAGACCGCCGGUCACCAAAGGGCUCACCUUUUGUCCGCCAGCUAUAAAGAGGUGUGUCUUCCAGAAAAAGUCGGUGGCGGCAAGGAACCCUCCAGCGCCUGUAGCCUCUUGGAGCCAGGCAAAGCCCCCGAGAGCUUGCCGCCCUACGGCGAACUCAACGCUUGUCCGACGAAAGCAGCCACGGACGACUAUUUCCAGUGCAACACCUCCAGUGAGACAGUGCUCACGGCGCCGUCGCCUCUGGGAAAGAACAAAGAGGACCUUGACACUCUGGCCCUGGCAGAAGGCGUGAAGAAGCUGCCCCUCUCCGACAGGCCGGCCCCGCAUCCCUCCAGGGAGCCUGUGGGCCACAAGGAGGAGUCGCCCAAGGGGCCCGGCGGGGGCCCCGCUGCCCCCGGGGUGAUGGCCGAAGGGAUCGCCAACGGGCGCCUCCUCCAGCACCACGGCGCCGAGCCCAGCAGCCUGGACAAGAGGAAAGAGAUAUUCAGCAAAGACACACUGUUCAAGCCUCUUCACAGCACCCUGUCUGUCAACAGCUAUCACAAGCCCAGCCUGUCCCUCCUCAAAUCUCACCCCAAGACACCUGCCGACGCACUGCCAGGCCGCUGCGAGAAGCUGGAGCCGUCACCCCUGGGGACCUCGGGGGCCCAAGUCCUGCCGGCCCUCCAGCGCCAGCAGGAGUCCGGCGGGAACCAGGAGGCCUCGUUUGACUAUUACAACGUCUCCGACGACGACGACUCCGAGGAAGGGGCGAACAAGACCGCCGAGGAGGAGAAGAACCGAGACGACGUGGGCACCAUGCAGUGGCUCCUAGAGAGGGAGAAGGAAAGGGACUUGCAGAGGAAAUUCGAGAAGAACCUCACCCUCCUUGCCCCAAAAGAAAGCGACAGCAGCAGCCACCAGAGGACCACCCAUUCGGCACGCCUGGACAGCAUGGACAGCAGCAGCAUCACUGUGGACAGCGGAUUCAACUCCCCACGCACUCGAGAGAGCCUGGCUUCCAACACGUCAAGCAUUGUGGAAAGUAACCGUCGGCAGAACCCCACCUUGAGCCCGGCCCACGGUGGAGCCGGCCCGGCCUUCAACUUCCGCGCGAGCACGGACGCCCCGACCGGCGACGCGGAGAAGCUGCAGAAACCUUCCAACUGCUUGCAAGCUUCGGUGACGAGCGUGUGAGGGCCGUUCGCUCCGCCUCCGAUCUCCUGUCCCGUCCGACGCAGCCACGUUUACGACACUGGGACUGAUGUUUACAUCUUCGGGAAGACAAGCAUCUCAACCGCAGUUUUCGUGUUUACUUAAACUGUGCUGCUAAGUAGGCUAGAGCGGAACACACGCGUCUUUCUGUCAGAGUAUUGCUUCUCACAUGUACGGCUCUGUAGCAGCAGAAUAGCAGUAGGGGUGAUGUGUACACUUUUGCUUCACUAAUUGUACCCGAGCACCCAUAGGAGCGUCCAGAUGCUGUCAGUGUGAUGCGCAUUUUCGAUGUCACGCAGUUUGCCAGUUCCACGUUUCAGUGCCACAGGUGCGCGCGUAGCCCCGGGUCUGUGGGCAGGCGGUGCCGCAGAACUGAUUCUUGACACUUCCCCCAAACACAACAGCAACAACAACAACAAAGCAACACUAAGCCACCACCAAACGUCCAAGGCAAGGGCCCACCGUGAGGGCCGCCAGUGCCACCCUGCCGGGAAGGGACCCCAGCCCUCCGUGUGUGAAGCGUGUAGGCACCUGUCAUGUGUCACUGUGAGUGUGCGUGGAGCGGCUUUGCAGCCGCACGGGGGAGCGUGUCGGGAGGGCCGUGACGGCCACGCCGGGAGUGUGUGUGUGUGUGUGUGCAGGAGUUUGUGUUUAAGGUCGCGGAUGCGUGUCUGAGUUUGAACCUUCCGUCAUUGCCCACAGGAAUAUAUAGGCCUUUGAAUCUGGAGUGGAUAAAAAGGAAGGGGCCCCCAGCCUGGCGGGGGCGCGGCGCUCAGUGAUGGGAGAGGUCGUGCGGACUUCUGAGCGGUGUUCGGCAGAGACGUGAGGGGGAGCGCUUCCUCUUCGGGAUACUUACGGAGAUCCCAGCUUACGGGAAUAGAUGUGGUCAUUAGUUUGUUGGAAAGCAAAAUGUUCUUUGUGAUACAAAUGAAGAGUACGGCCUGGGGAUGUUAUUCUUUCUAAUGGAAGGACAUAAAUCUAUUUUAUGUAGUUUUAAAUAGAAUGCCUAAAUUAGGCUGUGGGAGAGAAUUUUUAGUGGUUAGAGGAAAGAGCAGAUUUAGGGAAAGUUGAACUUCAGGCCUUUUAUUCCUGGGAAGAUAUCUAUAGAGAAAACUUUAAUGUAAUUUUUGACCAGAAAUAGACACAUGCCCGUGUAGUUAACAACAGAAUGUGCUCAUUCUGCAAGCAUUGGUAUAAUUCUAACUUGUACUCCCCUAAAAUUGACCAGAAUGACAAUUAUGCAUACAUGAACUAUGCCAGAGUAAUGUUUACAGAUACUUUGUAACCAAUUUCAGGAGGCAUUUUUAGGUGGCUGUAUGGUUAUUAGCCCAACGUAUUUAAAAACGGCUUGUUCACAUGUGGCUUUACUUCAUACUGUCACGUUGACUACAAAGAAGCCAGUCAGCAGUAGAGGGAUGACAAAUCAGCUUCAGCCUUCUAGGAAAGAGACUUUCCAAAGUCCCCUUGUUUUACUUGACGAGAACAGCAGAAUGAAUCCGGAGAGAAUGGAAAAUUAUUCACAAAAGGGUUACCUAGGACACAAGUAGAUGGUCUGACCACAAGUUUAUUUUAGUUUCGUGGCAUGUGACGUUUGGAACCAUAUACCGUAAAGUACAGAUCCAAAAAUAAAUCUGAAACGUCCUUUCCUCAGAUUUCAAUCAACGGCAUAAAAUCUGCGGAACCCUUCUGCCCCUGUAUGAGGUUCAGUCCAGGCGACUUGUUUAAAGAAUGCAGUCGCACACCUCUGGUGCCCACUCGUGCUUUAUCAGACAUCUGGAAGGGGCACGAGAGACUGGACGUGUGGAGUUCGGGGCAGGCUCAUUUCGUGUGCUUAGAGCGACCCCGCGGCCCACUGCUCGGUAAACUCCCACACCGCUGAAAUGCACAAGUCAGCUGGCGAGCGAUGUCAUGCCUUAUUUCCUCCAAGGCGUGCCUCGAUUGCUCAGAAAUGCACUAUUUGUCUCACUGCUCAGAUAUGUCCAGAUCUGCUUAAAUAUCUCCUAGAUAACAUAUCUGAGAGACUAUAGACAGAGUCUGUUUCCUUGGGGAGUUGUAUACCAUACAGUUACUAAAUUCUUCUGUCUAAAUUCGUCCCCCCCCCAAAACCUGCUCUCGAGUGUUUAUCAUGCUAUCAGUUCAUAAAAUAACCAUUGAAACAGCCCAUCAGCCUCCAGUUGAUCCUCCGAAAGUAGCCAUUAUAAUAAUCAAAUGCUGUGAGAACAGGAAAGGAGAGAAUUGCCUUUAGAAGCUUUGAAAUAGGAAUUCUUCAAUAUUUCACAAGAAGUAGGUUUACAGACGUUAUUCAAAUAAAACGUGCACACGAUUUGCCUGAUGCUAUUGGGCACGUGAUUUGAAGAAGAAGAAGAAGAAGAAAAAAAAAAGAAUUCCCUCAGACCAGCAGCCAUCAGCAUAGAAAUAAUGGACUUCGAAGAUGAUACCAUGUAAGCAGACGUUCCCUGUAGAAACAGCAGCCUCCGCUGAUCUAUUUGGGGUUCCUGAAUGGGGAAGGCGGGUGGCAGGAGGUGCAUUACAAGUGUCACCCGCGACGGUUUGUGGUGAGGUUCUCAGUGACCCAGCACUCGGGCCACUACCAGCUUCGCCGACAUCCUUGUCCUCCCGUGAAAGGGGAGCCUUGUGCUACACGGUUGCUUAGCUGGUCCCCACUUAGAGCGUGUCACCUGAAAGGUUUACAAAACUGAAUCUGGAUGAAAUCUGUGUAGCGUUCAACUUUAAAGGGUCAACCCAUCUGUCAGCAUUUUGCACACUUAUGUAUUAUUAUGAUACAGCAUAUUACUUUAUGGUAAUUUUUAUUUUUACAUAUAACUACCUCCAUAAAUUCGAUGAAGCGGCAGCGCGUUGAAGUGUGUUGUUCAGAAAAGCAAAGUUUAAGACUCGCGUGUCGUUAGGCCACGGCGUGCUGUGUGCGUGUCAGCGAUUGUCUGCGUGGACUCGUGACCUCCUCAUGGCCAUGGUUUCCUUUGACGGCAUUCCUUUCACCUUCAGAUGCAAACCCGUCUCCCCUCUCUUGCCCACAGAGGCGCACUUGACUUUGUUACGAAUGAUAGGAAGUUUCAGUUUCUUGUCUCCCCCUCUCCCCAUCCCGGUUCCUGCCAAAAGUUCCCCCCUGGCAAAGAGCCAAUUGGUAGACAUAACCUGGCAAGCUAUUGGCUUCUGGAAAACUCCGAUUUCAGUUCCAGAAUCUCAGUAGCAGACGACACACAAGAAAUUUGGACUGCCCCCUGUGGAGCACUGUGGUCCUCUCUGCCUCCACGCGCAUGCCCCCACAGCAAACCCGCACCCCACUUCAGCGAGCAGAGCUGUGCUGUUAGUCACAACUUCCGUUACGUAGUUGGCAUUCCAUUCUGUGUCUUUUGCACACCUCAGGGGACCUUGGUGAGCAUGUGAAAAGGCGGGGGAGGCUAGCAAAUUGAGAAAAUAAAUCGGAGGGCGGAAAGGGGACUAGCUGGAUAAAGAAAACAAACCAUUGCUUCUCUGACUUUGGGAAGCUCAAGGUCAGGAAGCAGAAAUUGAAAGUGAACCUGGAGUAACAAUGAUCUGAACACCAGCUGUUCCCAAAUCUCCCUUUUCCAUAACCCAGCCAGCUUUUCUAAAAUGCGAGUUUCAAUUAUAUUGCAGUCACCUUGGGAACAAAAAAAAAAAAAAAGAAAAGAAAAGAAAACAACUCUUCAAUGGAAACAAAAGCAUUGUUCCUUAUUUUUAGGUUGGCACAGCUUUGCAAAAUUCUACCCAGGAUAAACCACUUACCACCACAAAGUGUACUUGAAAAUAAAGUUUUUAAUUUCAGCGAUGGGCCUAUUGCUCGCAAUACAAUAGUGAUCAUAUUUGGAAAAGUCUCAUUGUUUAUAACAUGGGCAGUAUUUGGCGCUUGGUUCAAAACCAACGACAACCUGUAAUGACUUACAAGUUCAUUUGGGGACCUCAAAGUCCUUCCAAAGCAUUCAGAUUCGCAAACAACCCACCAAGCAGGUCCGAUUCGUAAUACCCAUACUUGAAACGCAUGAACAGAAGGAGUGACAAGAUUACCCAGAACACAGCGGCAGCUACCAACGAUCUCUUUUUCUAUCUGUUUGAUAGACCAUCUCGUGAGAAAUCACUCAGUACAAUGCUAUUUUUUCUGAUGUGUGCUAAUAAAGUCAAAGAAAACAAAUGCAACUUUACACCUUUGUCCAUUUUCAUUCAAAAAGUUCAGGGUGUUUGGAAUUUCACACCCCGGUGCCCCUCCCUGGAUGGAUUUAGGAAGUGGGGGUGGGGGGCAACGUGUCCCCUCACAUGCCAUGGUGGUCAGAAGUAGAUCUGGACCUACACCCCGUUUGCAGGUUCACAUCGGACUUCUGUCACCCCCGCGCUAAAACACCGUCCGUCAGGAACACGACUGCUCCUGGCGGUGGAAGGUGCUGAGGCAGACGUUUUCGUGAGCACUCUUCACAGUGCUUCUUAGCACGACAGGAAUUCGGGACCGUUGCCGAGCCCUGCGCUGAGGAACCUGGGUUUCCGAGGGAGCUGAUCUGGUUCUGCGUAUUUUCUCAAAUUAGGAGAUAGAAGAUCCUCAAGGCGGGGCCUUCCGUCUUGCCACAGGCCAGCCGUAGGACCAGCUGGCGGGUGACAGCGGACCCCAGCAGAGGUGGCCCUUUCCCUCCCUCUCCCCAGCCCCCAGUCCCGUCCCUGCCCAUGAUCAAGGCCGCCAGUCCCCUUCUGUUCCUCAGUGACUCUCCUGUACACGUUUAGUGCCAGAGAAGCAGGAGGAUGGGAGACACGAACGCAAACACCAUGGAAAACACUGUUUUGCUUUGAGUUAGUGAGAUACGGGCAGGAAAGGGAUCACCGUCGGUCUGGUCUUCGCCAAGUAAGAUAAAAGAGUCCGCUGUCACUCUGUCACUCUCCCGGAAGGGUGUACAGUAUUAAGGCAACACCCAAGAUUUUCCCAGAGGUUUUUGCAUAGGAGACAUUUCAUAACAUGAAAAACUCAUGAUUAGAUGUCCUGGCGUGUUUGAGACAGACGGCGGCAUCUCCCGGGUUGCGUUCCACUCCGCGUCUCUUGCAGCUGCGUCCCAGAGCGCCCCCGGGGGUGGGCCCCUGGCCCAAGACCCCGUGUUUGCACAGUCAUGUCGUCUGUGGCUCCCAGUUGCUGAUUUGCAAGGUUCAGAAUUCCCCAAGGCUCAAAGGGGGCCUCGGCCUCCUUCUUACGACUGUGUAUUAUCAGUUACCGGGCUUUAAACUGCUCCUGUUGGCUUCGAAUGCGAACACACACACACUCGCACGCACACACACACACACACACCCUGCCAACGAGGGAAGGGGCUGCUGCUUCCCAGGUGAGGCAGUGACGACAGGAAGCCCGUGCAAGGCUAGAAGCUGGGCUGGUCCACAGACCGCCGCCUACCUCCCUGUCCAAAGGUUGACCUUGGCACCCCACCCCGUUCCUUGGCUCCCACCCGAAAGGGGUACCAAAUCUGAGAUCCGAGAUCUCCCGAGAUCAGUCCUCUGCAGUUCCUGGAAACUUAUCAUGAACGAGACACGCUCCGCAGCUCCUCGCCUUCCUGCCCUCCAAGGCCUCCGCCCCCUCCCCGUCUCCCUGCCCAGAUACCGGUCCACCGCCGUGGUUUCCACAUUGGAAGGGCGAAACAGUGUGUGGUAUUGUGCACACGGGGUGGGUUAGCCCCAGCGCUAACCUCGGGUCGCCUUCCUGUAAGUAUCGACAGCUACAAAUUAAGGUCCUUAGAGUAGUUGACAUAGAUACGACUUUCUAGCAGAGAAUUAAAUUUCAGCGUUCAGUUUAAAGGGAUCAUAAUUCUGCAGGUAUCUUUCUCUGAGUGACUGAAUGUGACUAUUGCAUUAGGGUACAUGAAUUAAGAAGUGCAAGUGGGAUUUACUGUAUGUUAGAACGGAGUUUUGCAGCCAAGACUGCCUUGAAAAAAAAUGUGUUUGCACUGAAAAAAAAAAUUUAAAUUACUUGGUCUCUGGUUGCUGUAAAGGUCAUCCAAGAUGGAUGUUCUGUUUAUAUUGUAUAGUAUUUCAUAUGAAAUAAUUACAGUUCAUGAAAUGUCUUCCCUAAUGUUACUGAUUUAUAACAGCACAUUUGUAACAUGGUUUUUAUCGUGUCAGUGUGCCAUAUUGUAAAUGAUGAUUACUUGUCAUGCUUAGUAUAAUAACUUAAAAGACAAAAAAAGCACAGGGAUUUUUGUAAGUCUAUAUUUGAAAGUCCCUCCAUAUGGUAAUAUUGUGUUCAUGUUGUUUAUGUAGU